UUUCACAGCUGAUUUGCUCAUUUUGCGAGAAUCAGCUCUCAUGUAAACUUGCAGCUCUCUAAACUCGUUCGUGUCAAUUAAUUUUAGAACUUGUUUCAUGUCCAAAGCUUGCCGCGCUUCGUGAAAUUAUGUUCACCAGUUUUUAAAUUUGAAAAUAGUUUUCGCUAAAAUUGUCUCAAUUUUACAAAAUCAGUAUUACUAAUGGCAGCUGUCACUAAAGUUUUAACUCUUGGAACGGUUUGUUCGUUGUUUGUCAUUUUUCUGGCGAUAUAUUUGAGACAAACGGAGAAUGAUCUGCAGAGAAAAUUGAAUGAAGUGCUUAGUGGACUUAUAGCCGUUGAAAAGCAACAUGUUUCUGAUAGACCGAAAGUAGCGGUAGGUUAUGGUGCAUGUCAUGAUCUCCUGAUUAGUGCCACCGAUUUCUUAGAUUAUGACGAAUCUAUUGGUGCCCCGGAACAUUUCGACGAUAUAAAUUCCAUCGAGGAACUAAAAAAAUCGUUCGCCUACUAUUUUCGGCAUGGAGCUGCAGCAGAACGGUACAUGUCGAACUCAACCCUGUUCGAUGAGCUGGUGGCAGCGGCAGGUACAGUCCCCAACUCGAGGUACAGUCUGGGAGGAAAUGCAGCGUCGAUAGCGUCUCGCCUGUCCAAUGAGGGAUGUGAGGUUAUGUUGGCUGCCACCCUCACUCCCCAGCUGCAGAAGUCCUUACCUAGUGGCCUUAAAGUUGUAGGGAAGUCUACUACACGAGACGACAUCCACUUGAUCCUAGAGUAUAAAGCUGGUGACUCAUGGGGUCCUUUCUCAGCUCCAAGAGCGAAUCGGUUCAUUCUUCACAAUGACGAGCAUAAUCCACUAGUCAGCUCUUUAGAGGCUCUCGAGGAGGAGUUGAAAAAUUUCAGCGCCGAUCUCUUAGUAAUUAGCGGGCUGCAAAUGAUGGACAAUUAUCCAUUUGUUGAAGGAGCUCGUGAGAGACGAUUGUCUCGAAUUCAGAAGCAAAUGGCAAGGCAGCCUCCAACAACGAGGAUCCAUUUUGAGAUGGCCUCAUUCGCGGAGCCUCAUCUCAUGCAUUAUCUCAUGGAUAAUGUCAUUCCUUAUGCCGAUUCCUUGGGCAUGAAUGAACAGGAAUUGGCGAACCUAGUCAGUAUGUACUCUCACGGUAAUGUGAGUCUAGUCUCCGAUUCUAAUCCUAGAGUCGCCACUGUUCUUGAUGAGAUGAGAUACUUAGUCAAGUUAGUGAGACAGAACAGGCAGAUGCAGGGUGGUAAGAGCAGCAGAGAGCUGACUAGACUGCAUGUGCAUACAUUGGCCUACCAGGCAGUGUUGACUGUUAAGCCCUCCAGUUGGGUCAACUCCAACGUAGCUGCUGCCAAGGCAUCGCUCACCGCUCACAGGCAUGUCUGUGCCACCAAUCAGAUCGACGUGGACAAAGCGAUGCUAAUAAUGGACGGCAGUUUUCUAACGUCACGACGCGCCGGAGAAGGGGAGCGGGUGGUGAUCGAGCCCCACAGUCCGGUGCCCUGUUGGCUGGAGGGGGGCCAGGGGCAGGGGCACGCCCCCCAACUGGAGCUGUGUGUUGCCCCCAUCCUAGUCUGUACACAUUCCACGCAGACGGCGGGCGGUGGUGAUAAUGUCAGUGCUGCCGCGCUCGCCAUGCAACUGUGAGGCUGUGACGUCACUAAACAAACAAGACUGCCAGCAGCUAAUUGCAAGCUGAUGUUCAGGUUAUUGGAAUCGAAUCACUACAACAAAAGCAUCGAGCUAUUUUAUUCUAUAGUAAAUCAGGCAACAACUUCUUUUUUUAGAGUUAUUUGUGCGCAAGAUAACUCAUUCAGUCAUUAGCCUACUUAUUUAUUUCUGUUUACUACAAACAUUGUUUUACCUUCUGUCACAACAUGAAUGUUUCUUGUAUGUUACCAAUAAAUAAUCAAUAUGUCG